CCCGGUCUUUCACCUCUCCUUUCGAGGGUCUAGCAGGCAGGCUUGCUGGAGGGGGAGGGGGAGGAGGGCCUCCAAUCCCGCCGGGCGGCGGGGGAGGUGGAGGUGGAGGCGGCAUGCUCUUUAAAGUAGGACUCUGGCGAUGUUAUACAAGAAGUGAGGAUAAGACAAGAAAGAGAAUUGUGAAAAAGCCAAUCUGACAUGGGUGGGAGGUAUAGGGGAGAAGACGUCAGGGCGAUAGUUGGGGGUUCAGGCAACGAGCAACGGAGCAGUGGCGGUGCUGCCGGCACAAGGUCUUUCGCAAUUAUGAAGGGAAUUGCUUUGAGAGGCCAGAGAGCCUCCAAGCCUCAAGGGCUGGUCUGCCAUUUUUGCCAGUUUUCUCCAUCCCCUGCGCCUCGUCGCACCCCCUUCGUCCGGCAGUAUGCUUCCGUUAGUGGGCUCAAUCGCGGCACCCAUUUUGAGCAAUUGCGACCAAAGCGGGCAUUGAGAACGUCGUUAGCUCCUCUUCAGUUUGUACCCAGGCGCUUCGAAUCGAAUUCACCCCAAAAUCCCGCCCCUCUGGACCCAGAAUCAGCGUUGCGACAACUCGCGGACGCAUCCGCUGAGCUUCGAAAUUCAGUUUCUGUACCCUCCGACGAGACAGUUGUACAUUUGCUACAGAAAUGCCAGGAAAUUGCGGAAGUUAUCAUGGCACGGGAGCAAGAUCAAGGGGAAGGCGUGUCGACAACACGGGGAGAGGGUAGUGCAGUCUCAUCCUUGCUGGAUCUGGAGGAAAAGAGCGCAACAACGACCAAAAAGCAGUCCAAAUCCACCGGCAAUCCUCAACCGAAGCUAGUCAAUUCACUUUCCCAAAUUGUCGAUGACAUCUUGAAGGAUGAGAAGGUGUUUAUAUCCCCCGAUGCACUGGCUUGCUAUACCAAUAUUCAGACAUUGCUGAAGAGGGCCGAACUCUUUCCCGAGAUCUUCCAUAUGUACGCUCACAAGCCGGUCCCAGAAGAGAACAGCUCGCCAGUCAAGUAUCACAAGGCCAACCCCAAGGAUAUCAACAGCGCUGUUCCUUCUGAAUUGGCCAACAAGGCCCUUGACGUCGCCAUAGAGCAAAAGAACCUUCCACUAGUGUUAGCCAUUAUUGACAACACGUUCUGUGCGCCGGCAUUCCACCGCGCGAAGAUCUUCAAAAAGGCCGGUGUCCCACUUGGCGGUCUAGCGGCUGCACCGGCUGCAUGCUACGCUGUUGCGUCCUGGGCCUCGUCUUUGCAAAAUACGAUGGAUCCGAGCACAGCGACUGCAAUCGCAUUUGCCGCAACCCUUGCGUAUGUGGGUGGUACGUCAUCGGUUGGCAUUCUCGCCAUCACCACUGCCAACGAUCAGAUGGAUCGGGUUGUAUGGCAGCCCGGUAUCCCAUUGCGACACCGAUGGUUGCGGGAAGAGGAGCGUGCUGCUAUGGACAAGGUGGCGGUCGCCUGGGGAUUCAAGGACAUUUAUAUGAGAGGCGAAGAGGAAGGCGAAGAAUGGGAGAGUCUACGGGAGUUUAUCGGUAUGAGGGGGAUGAUUUUGGACAAGACGGAUUUGAUGCACGGGAUGGAAUGA